AGAUGUGAUAUAAUGGCGACGGAAUGCACGCAAGAAUCCGUUCUGGACUUUCUGUUGGAAAACGGAGGGCGUGUGAAAAACAAGGUCUUGGUAGAGCGUUUCAGAGUCUUUCUGAGCAGCGACAAUACCAAGAGAGCGCUAUUAAAAGAGAGAUUUAAGCGCUUCGUUGACAACAUCGCUUAUGUGAAGCAGGAGGAUGGAGAGAAAGUGGUCUGUUUGAAGAAGAAACACAGAGAGAUGCGGAGCGCGCGCGCGCAGGGUGGCGAUAAAGACCUCGACAGAGGAAUGAACGCGAUACAGUUCAAAGAGAAUGACGGUAUCAAUGGAGAAAUAACUAGAAAACACGACCUAAAUCAAGAAUCUGAGGCGACAUCGGACGCGAAUAUGAACGUCUCCGAUGCGUUGUGCAUAUCAGACAUCGCAUUGACUGAGAGAAACGAGCAGAAGUCGCGUGAGAACAUCAAUGACACAAAUGAUCUGCAGCUCUCCGACAGACAGUCGACUGCAAAACUGGACUCUAGGGCAGGAGAAUCUCCACACACAUCCCAGAUCCGGAGGAGAACAUCCAGAGGAUCUCAGCGCAGUCUGCUGCUGCUGCUGGCCUCCUCCGAGGAUGCUCAGGGCGGUCCGGGUGACGCGGUGGGCACGGACGGGACCCCUAAAGGCAGCCGCAAGACUUUCAUUGAGCUCAUGAAGAGCAGUUCUCCGCAGGUGAGACGUUCGCUCGUGCACCGCACCUCUCAAGAGCACAUAUCGGCCACGUAUCACUCGUCCUCCGUGGAUGAGGAUUGUGCCUGCGUAACCCUGGACCCUCUGGAGCACGAGUGGAUGGUGCGCUCGGCAGAUGGCGAAUGGGACACCCUGCGGCGUCUGCUCGGGUGCGAACCCACGCUCAUCCUGAAGAAAGACUUCGUCACGGGUUUCACGUGUCUGCACUGGGCGGCCAAGCAGGGCAAACACGAGCUGCUGGCCACGCUGGUGAACUUCGCCAAACAGCACGACGUCGCCAUCAACCUGAACGCCCGCUCGAGUGCCGGGUACACCCCGCUACACCUGGCGGCCAUCCACAACCGCAUCGAGGUCAUGAAGCUGCUCGUGGGCGCUUACGACGUCGAUGUGGACGCCAGGGAUUAUAACGGGAAGAAAGCGGCCCAGUACCUGCGAGCCACCGUCACGGGUGACAUCAAAGACAUCAUUGGGGCCUGUGGGAGCGCGGACGCGGCGAGUGCGUCUGGUGUAGGCCGAUGGUGGCUUCCUAAAGUCCUGCCGUCCAACCUGAACCCGCUGCGGCUCUUAAACCCGCCGGAGGAGCCGGUACCGGACGGGCAGGUGAAACCUCGCGCGCUCUACCGGAAGUCGUCCAUCGGCCGCAGACUGCAGAGAACCAGAUUCAAGACGCAGAUUGUCCACAGCACUUCAUUCAGAGAGAACGACGAGAGAGAUGACGCACUCAAGAGUCCCGUCAAAACAAGACCCAUGUCUAAUCUGUUCGGUUGAAGCCGAAAUGUUACAAUCAUUUAUAAAAGUUAAAUAUAAUAUAUAUAUAUAUAUAGCCUAUGCAAAUAUUGUAUGUGCUGUAACACCCCCCCCCCAGGAUGCAGCAACAAUUAGGCAUUUAUGCAGACUUUUAAUAAAUAAAAUCUGUCAUUUGCUCGCCCUUAAAGUAUGUCAAAGCUGCAGUGAAAAUAUUUUUAGUUUUCUAUUGUUUUAGAAUAUAGUGCAUAACUCUUUAUUUAUUUUUUUCCUAUAAUUCCUUUUUAAUGUUUCAUAAAAAAACAGCAUUUGGUACAACAUCAUUGUCAUUUUUAGCUGAAGAUCAACUGCACAAUGUACGCGUUCAUAUUGUACAGAUUACUGAUCUGCUUACUGGAACAAACUUUAUACUGACACAGUUUUUAAAGCAAUGUUUUAGGAGAUAUAUCAUGUGCAGUAAUACAGAUUGUUAUUAUUUCACACACACUGUUCAAAUGGGCACACUGAUGCACUUUGUGUUUAAAUUGUUGUGUUUUUAUUGUCUUUGUAGCGUGCUUUUGUCUUUGAGCAUUUUUUAUGACUGUUAUCCUAGAAAUGUGAACUUGACCUCAGUGUUUAUAUGAUACAGGACAUGUAAAGCUGUUGACCCAUUGAUGUAGGCACUUUUAGGUUAUCGGAAAUAAGUUUUUAUGUUUUUAGAAUGUCAUCCAGAUAUAUGAAUUCUCAAGAGCUGCAUUUUAAAUUUACUUUUUCUAUCAUGAAGCAACUGUCACUUGGGAGGAAAAACUCUAAAACCCGGUAAAAGUGCUAAAUCUC